AUGAUCCGUCAUGACAAACCUGCUGUGGUAUGUUUAUCCUCUCUUUUAGUAUUACUCGCCUUCAGCUUCACCGUUCCUAUCUCCGGGAACGGUGACGCUGAUGCUCUUUUGAAGUUCAAGUCAUCUCUCGUGAACGCCACCGUCCUCACCGGGUGGGACUCUAACGAUCCUCCUUGCACCGGGAAAAAAGGAAGCGACUCGAAAUGGAAAGGAGUGAUGUGUUCCGCAGGCGUCGUCUACGCUCUCCGUCUCGAGAACAUGAGCCUCGCGGGGACGCUUGACGUGCAAGCGCUUGGGUCGAUGCGGAGUCUCAGGAGCGUCAGCUUCAUGCGCAACCGUUUCGAAGGUCCGAUACCGAGUGGACUCGGCGGGCUUGCAUUUCUAGUGCAUCUUUACUUGGCGCAUAACCGGUUCUCGGGAGAGAUCGACGGUGGUUUGUUUGCCGGAAUGAAGGAUCUUGUGAAGGUUCAUCUUGAAGGAAACAUGUUUUCCGGUGAUAUUCCCGAGUCGUUGGGGAAACUGCCGAAGCUGACUGAGGUUAAUCUUGAGGAUAAUUUGUUCACCGGGAAGAUACCACCGUUUGAUCAGAGUAAUCUCGUUACCGUUAACGUUGCUAACAAUCGAUUAGAGGGUCGUAUUCCGUUUAAUCUUGGCCUCAUGAACAUCACCUUCUUCUUAGGUAACAAGGGGCUGUGUGGACCGCCUUUGCUUCGCUGCAGAUACACUGGUCCGCCGUUGGUCACGGUGUUUCUCCUCGCCCUGACCGUCCUCGCCGUCGUAGUCCUCAUAACCGUCUUCUGCUCCGUUUGCAUCCUCAGCCGUCGUCAACGCAAAGGAGGGAACGAACACGAUCACGCCCCUCAAAGCCACGGACUCGGCACAAUCUAUGGACCAACCGAGCAACAACAACAAAGUGAGAAGAGCUCGCAAGACUCCAAGGUGUACAGGAAGCUAGCCAACGAAGUCGUGAAGCGAGACUCAACAGCAACAUCAUCAUCAGUGUUAUCCGAGAGAGGUCUGCCUCGAGAGGAAGAUCACAAGGGAGGAGGAGGAGGAGAUCAACGGAAGCUGCAUUUCGUUAGGAACGAUCAGGAGAAGUUCACGCUCCAGGAUAUGCUCCGUGCGUCGGCGGAGGUUCUCGGAAGCGGGGGGUUCGGAUCGUCGUACAAGGCGGCUCUGACGAGCGGGCGUGCGGUGGUUGUGAAGAGGUUUAGGUUUAUGAGUAAUAUCGGGAGGGAAGAGUUUUACGAUCAUAUGAAGAAGAUCGGACGGUUGUCUCACCCUAAUCUCCUUCCGUUGAUCGCGUUCCACUACAGGAAAGAUGAGAAGCUUUUCGUCACUGAUUACAUUCCCAAUGGCAGCCUCGCCAAUCUCCUCCAUGCGAACCGGACACCCGGUCAGGUGGUUUUGGAUUGGCCGAUCCGGCUAAAGAUUGCAAGAGGAGUCACCAGAGGUUUAGCUUACCUCUACAGAACAUUCCCUGAUCUGAACCUCCCUCACGGCCAUCUCAAAUCAUCAAACGUCUUGCUCGACCACGACUUCGAGCCGCUACUAACGGACUACGCUCUCGUGCCGGUGGUCAACAAAGAUCAAUCUCACCAGUUCAUGGUGGCGUACAAGUCACCAGAGUUCACUCAGCAAGACAGGACAUCGAGAAAGUCUGACGUCUGGAGCUUGGGAAUCUUAAUCCUCGAGAUACUGACGGGGAAGUUUCCGGCGAACUAUCUCCGGCAAGGGAAGGGAGCUGAUGACGAGCUAGCUGCAUGGGUUGAGUCAGUAGCGAGAACAGAGUGGAAUGCUGACGUGUUUGACAAGGAGAUGCAUGCAGGGAAAGAACAGGAAGGGCAGAUGUUGAAGCUGCUCAAGAUUGGGUUGAGAUGUUGUGACUGGGACGUGGAGAGGAGAAUUGAGCUUCACGAGGCUGUUGAUCGGAUAGAGGAAGUUGAUCACAGAGAGGCGGGUGGAAGUCAAGAGAGUUUUCGAUCUUCGUACGUGACUGCUAGUGAUGGUGAUAAUCGUUUUUCAAGAGCCAUGACUGGGGAUUUCUCGCUCGUGUAAUAGCUUCCUUCGCCUGUCUCUAACUAUUGUCUCAUUGGUGGUUGUUGUGUCUCUGUUUGUAGGUUAAAGACUUGUCACUUCUUAUUUGCAUGCAAUUAUUUUCUUAGUUAUGGUUGAUGAUCAAUGAUGAGUAAGCUUCAAGCUUUUGUUUCUUUUGUGAAUACGCGUGCCCUUUUGUUUGGUAUCAUCUAGACGCAAAAAAAAAUGAAUUUUUCUUUAAUGUUCAUUUCUUUUUCAACUUGUCCACUGUUGAGAUAAGAAAGAAUAUUAAUUUAUGGUUUU